AUGGCAUGUAGACUCCAGCCCUUCCGUGCCGCAUGCUUGAUUCUUUGGCUGUCGUGCUGCGGGAUCCCUCAGCCGAGCGAAGCAGGAGCAUCAGCUUACGUCAUGCUCGAGGAACUAGCAGGAGAGCUCGAUGAUGGGUGUUUCAUAGAGAUAGGGAGCGACAGAGGUGAAGGAAGCACCAAGUUCCUGUCCGAUCUUGCCAACGUGAAGGGCUACGAGAAUGCGUUAGCAACGUGCGGCUCUUGUGCGUAUCAGGACAUGGGCGAACGAUGGCUGGGGAUGAGCUUCGAGGCGGUUUCCAACGACAACUAUGACUGGACUUACCCGUGGACUACCGAGUCGCAGGAGAUCCAUCUCCAGCAGGCCAUCCUCGUGGAGCGACUCUGCUCGGAAAGAUGCUUCAUCCUCUUUGACGACACUUGGCCGUCAGCAUCGCUCAAGCAUCAUAGCGGCAAAGGAGGUCGAGCCCUUAGCUUCCUCCUCAGCCACGGCUUCGAGAUUAUCCAGCAGAGCGCUCCGAACGAGCUGAGCUACCUUGGCUAUGUGCUUGUGUUGACCAUGGACGUGAGAUUGUCGGGGGUGAGGGCAGGAGAGCACUCGCUCGUCUUCUACGACGAGAUGGUCAUGCGAGGAGGGAGGAAACCCUGAGGACCGUCAGAAGAUUCAACCCAGGUGUUACCGCGAGUUUCCGCUCGUCAUGUACGGGGUAAGGGCUGGUCGACGCCUCUUCCUCCUUGAGAUCAUCGACAGGAAGCACAGGAGCGUAACAAACGUCUCCCGGACCCUCACCUUCCAUCCUGCCAGCCCUGAGCUGUGACAUGGCGAUAGGAAGGAUGCAGCAGGAGGGUGGCAAGAAGGAGCACAAGGAGGAGGCAGGGGAGGCAGGGGGAGGAGGGAUCAAAUGUGCAGCCUUUGUUACUUGCAGGAACGCGCGUGAGGAGGGUCAGAAAGGUUCAAUGAAGGGUGCAUGGGGAAAGCGCUGCUCCUGCUCUCCUGCUCCUCGUUCCUCCUCCUGUUUUCAUCGCUGGAGGAUGGGAGAUAAGGACGAAGCCACAGCCUCAACCUCCAUGUCGACGAUGCUUCCUGCUGCGCGGGAGUGAGAACAAGAGGGAUGGAGGGCAUGGAGGACACAAGGGAGUCAGCACGUGUAACCCGCUAGAGGAGGAUGCGAGGAGAGAAACUAGCUUGAAAGGAAGAGACGAGAGGGAGGUCGGUUGAGGAGCGAACAAUAAACAAACACAGCAAGU